AUUCAUUUUUUUAUUAAUAGAUGGCCGAAAAAUUAUGUAGAAUAAGAAUUGAUUAAUUACAAUAAAAACAUGGCUACAAAUAAAGAUACUGAAAUAUUUGAGAGCUGGGAAGAUAUUGAAGACACAACUGUACUCGAUAGAAAGCUGAACGAAUAUCUACCAAUUAAGUCAUCGAAUGAAACUCAGUUGAAAAGUAGUGGACCAUUUAAUAUGAUAAUUGUCGGCGAGGAUGCAUUACGAAGUCAAUAUGUACCACCGGAACCAACAGUAAAAAUAUUAAAAAGACCAUCAUCAAAUGGGACCCAAUCGGAUAAACAAGUAACAAAUAUUAAACCAAUUCAACCAAUGAAAACGUUACGACAACGUGAACAAGAAUAUGCUGAGGCACGGUUGCGUAUAUUAGGUGAAGCGAAAAGUCCGGAAGAGAAUAAUUGUGAAACCAACAGUGUUAUUGUAAAUAAUAGACUAUUAACUGCUGGGGUAUUACGACCUAGUGAAUUAGAAGGUAUUAUACGUUUACCAAGAGGUCCGGAUGGUACCAAAGGUUUCAAAGUGCGCAGAUAGUCUUUAAUAAAUUUACUUUUAUUUUUUAAAACUUGAAUAUUAAUGGUGUUAAAACAGAGAGUGAUAUUAAAAUAUUUGUUAAGAAAAUCUUGUAGAUUUUCUUCAAUACAAUUCUUUUUUAUUUAAAAUACUUAAGGAAAAACAAUU